AGCAUAUCAACAUGCAUCUGAUAAGGAGUUUUGGAAGGGGCAAGAAAAUAUACUUUUUGCCUUAUAUAUCCGGGCGCCAUUGGCAACUUCUUGUUAUGUCUAUGCAAGACAACUAUGCUUUGUGGUUCUGCUCAUUGCACAGGCCUCCUCCCACACAACUCAAACAAGCAAUUGAUUGUUCUAUUCCAGCAAGUAUGAUGAUGGGUGGGAGAUCAAUUGUUAAUAGUAGAAAGAUUGCUUGGAUUUCUCUCAAGUGUAACAGACAAAAUGGGUCAUAUGAGUGCGGAUAUUAUGUAAUGUAUUGGAUGACCCAUAUUGUUUGUUCUCACAUCACAAGUCGCUGGGAAACGAGAUUCAAGACUACUACACCAGUUCCUGAGAAGUCACUAUUAUUCAUUAGGAACGCUGCUGCGAAGUAUAUAGUUAGAUUAUACAAUAGCUCUUAGAUUUAGAUUUAAACAAUGCAUUUGAUUAGAUAGAAUUU